UGGAAAAGUUAUAAAAGGGUGAAGCGACUUGAUGCAGUUACUGCGGUGCGAUAAUGUGGAAAGCACUGUUUUUAGCGGCCUGCUUGGUUACUUUACAUGUGGCACUCUCGUGUGACGAUGAUGCUGAAUGUGGCCCCAAUGAGCGAUGCAUAGCAUGCCCGGACACUAUGUGCAUCCCACAAAAGUGUUCCGAGCGAGGCUUAAAGGUAGCCUGCCCAGUAUUGGGCCCCGACGGCAGAUGUCCCGGCGAACCGAGAUGUAUCUGCGUCGAUGGUUACUUGCGAGACGAUACAAGUGCUAAUGCCAAUGGUACUUGCAUUCAAGCGAAAAAAUGCAAGCCACCAACGUCGGCGGCAACCUCGUUGACGACGGACGCGACCACGGACGAGCCCUGUGGUAGCUGCGGGGCACAUACCUGCCCAGCAAACGAGGAGUAUUCCCCUUGCGUCCAAAGCGGCUGUACUGCCAAGAACUGUAGCCAACUCGGGAAGCCGGUGCCUUGUAUAAGGAUAGAUCCGAAGUAUUGUAUUGAGGGGUGCGUCUGUAAGAAGGGCUACUUGAGGAACGCAAAAGGAAUUUGUGUGCCUGAAGACCAAUGCAACACAAAACCCUGCCCGGUCAACGAAGAAUACUCCUCCUGCAUCAACGGUGGAUGUGGACCCAGAAACUGCAGUCAGAUCGACAAGUCGAGGACCUGUGUGGAUCCUGUCAAGUGCAUUGAGGGAUGCGUCUGUAAGCAGGGCUGGUUGAGGGCCGGAAAUGGAACCUGCGUACCUAAGGACCAAUGCAGAACAAAAUGCGGACUAAACGAAGUGUUCAGCGACUGUCCCAACCCCUGUCCGCCCAGGAAGUGCAACCUCAAAAAUGCAGUGUUCAAAUGCAAGGCACCACCCAAGCCAGGGGAUCCUGAAUGCAAGCCUGGGUGCACGUGCGCUAAAAACUAUUACAGAAAUGCGACAGGAUCGUGUGUGCUGAAGGAGAACUGCGAAAAACCAUUAAAAUGCCCAGUAAACGAACAGUAUGAUCCCUGCCCGAUGAUCUGUCCGCCUCAAAAAUGUGGUGUCAACCCAGCUCUGAUCCUGUGCCUUCCUAAUCCAGAGUAUGGCAAUCCUAACUGUAAACCAGGCUGCAUCUGCAAGAACUUAGAAGUACGAAACGAUGCCGGACAAUGUGUCCCGAAGGAUAAAUGCCCAAAAUGUACUGGCCAGAACGAAUACUGGGAACCCUGCAUUCAAGGCUGCUCCAACCAAACCUGCGGAAGCAUCGGUCAGAAAUACUACUGCCCGUUACAGAAAGGCUGCAAGAGUGGCUGCAGAUGCAAGCCCGGAUUCUACAGGAAAGAUGUUGGAUCACCUUGCAGUCUCACAGAGGAACAGUGCACCAAAGGAAAGUGUCCGCCUGGUGAGAAUUGGAACACGUGUCCUGCGAUCAAAUGCGAUGCGGAUUACUGCGGAAAAAAUAAAGAUUCACCAAAAUGGUGCCCGAUUGGGAUAGUAUGUGACCCGCCAAGAUGUACAUGCGAAAACAAUAAAAAAAGAGACAGGAAAAAUGGCAAAUGUAUCCCAGUGGUUGACUGUCCACCAUUCCCAUGCCCCCGCAAUGAAGAGUAUAAAGUUUGUCCACCACCAUGCCCCGGAGAGACGUGUUCUGAGCACAUUACCGGGCCGCCGGGUGGGCACUGUCCGCCGAACGAGCCCGUGACUAUCUGCACUCCACAGUGCAGGUGUUUCAAAGGAUAUUCCAGAAACGAUAAUGGAACGUGCAUACCAAGUAAAAACUGCCUUGAGGCAACACCUAUAACUACAGUAAAACCGCCUACUAUCAGCACCGGUGACAGAGGCUCUGGAUUAGCAGGAGUACUUGAUGGCAUCACAGCAUUCACUGGAAAAUGUCUUUAUGAACGCAUGCAAUCUGCACCUAACGAGAACAUAAUAAUGUCCGCCAUGUCGGUGUUCACUCCGAUAGCUCAGCUUUGUCUCUACUCGAACGGACCCGCCUUUGAUCAGUGCAUCAAAACACUGAAUCUUAAAGAUAAACAAGACAUCCGAGAUACAUUUGAAAAUUUCUCCUCCUUAUACGAAGGCGUUACCAGUGUUAACUUUUCCACUGCUGCCAAAGUCUAUUCCAGUGAUAAGUACCAGCUGAGCGAUGGUUUCAAAAAAGAUGCCAUCGACGUCUUCCACGCCGCAGCACAAGAGAUCGAUUUCAUUAAAAAAAUUCAAGCUGCAGCUAUAAUGAACGCCUGGGUUGAGAGUAAAACCAACAAUCGCAUUAAAGAUCUAGUUUCACCUGAGAUGCUAAGUGAAUCGACAAGGAUUGUACUUAUCAAUGCCAUUUACUUCAAGGGUAAAUGGUUGAAACAAUUUAAUGAAAAUGAUACGAAAGAAGAAGAUUUCUAUUUAAGCGAUGGUUCAACUACAAAAACCAAGUUGAUGUAUCAAGAAAUCAUGGACCUAGAGUACGGAGAAGAUGCAUCUUUAGAUUGCAAGGUCGUUCGAAUUCCUUACACAGGCGAAGAGAGCUCCGCGAUAAUUGUUUUGCCAAACAGCAUUAACGGCACAAUGCAUUUGGCCCAAAAUCUACAAUUUCCAGCAAAUUGGAAGAAACUCUUAGAUAGCCUCUCCCCUCAAAAAGUGCAACUAUAUUUACCGAAAUUUGAAAUUAGCACUACUACAGACUUGAAGGACUUAUUAAAGAAGGCUAAUAUAACUAAUUGGUUUAACUGCGGCAAUUCUGGUUUAUCCGGGCUUUUAGCCAAGCCAGAAGAUAUCUGCAUAACAGAGGCCAUUCAAAAAGCGUGGUGUGAAUUCAAUGAAAUAGGAACAGAGGCUACUGCAGCUAAUGUAUUUGUGGGCGAAACUACUACAGCAGUCAGGCCACCUCCUCCACCGCCAAAAAUUUUCAGAGCAGAUCACAGUUUCCUUUUCUACGUUUUGGUGAAGAAUACAAUAAUGUUCCAAGGUCGCAUCGCGGAAUCGGCCCAGCCAACCGAUUAAUGCUGUCGUUAUUACUAGGAUGUCUGCAUCAAUUCAACCCAGAAAAUUAAUAUUCCGCGCUGAUCACGGUUUCCUUUACCAUAUCCUUAUGAAAGAUCAAAUAAUGUUCUCUGGUG